CCGUAUAUAUCUCAGCGUCCAAAAACUUCCCCUCUUGAAUUGUGUGAAUAGUUUGGAGGACUUUAACAGUGGAAAAUGUCUCAGUACUCAGGAAAGAUUGUGCUCUACGAGGGCAAAUGCUUCACCGGCAGGAAGCUGGAACUCAGCAGUGACUGCGACAACUUUCAGGACCGAGGUUUUAUGAACAGGGUCAACUCUGUCCGUGUGGAAAGCGGUGCCUUCGUCUGUUUCGACCAUCCUGACUUCAAGGGCCAGCAGUACAUUCUGGAGCAUGGAGAGUACCCUGAAUUCCAGCGCUGGAAUGCUCAUAAUGAUCACAUGGGCUCAUGCCGACCAAUCAAGAUGCACGGAGAGCACUACAGAUUGGAGAUGUUCGAGGGAGACAACUUUGCCGGCCAGUGUGUGGAGCUGUGUGAUGACUGUCCGUUUCUGCAAGCGCGAGGUCUGACCAAGAACUGUGUCAACUCCAUGAAGGUUUAUGGAGAUGGAGCCUGGGUGUUGUAUGAGGAGCCAAACUAUCGUGGCCGCAUGUACAUCGUGGAAAGAGGAAACUUCUGCAGCCAUAAGGAGUGGCAAGCAGAGAAUCCCACUAUCCAGUCUGUUCGCAGGGUGGCAAACUACUUCUAAACCUGCCUCCACAUCAGAGGCAGAACGAUCGACUGCUGACAGAGUAAAUGUGCCACACUUUCGGGAUAUAUCUCACAGACUCUGUGGUGGUGUAGAAUAAUAAAACAAGUGGAAAAUGUG